GAACAGAUUCAAGGACCAGAUGUGGCAAAAGAUUGCUUCAGAGAUGCGAAUCCCUUGGAGGUCCGCUGAGAGCAUGCACUGGCAGCUGGGCGAGCAAGAAAUGAGCACCCACGCUAACGCUCCCGUCUUCCAGCUCCACCCUUCCGCUGCUGGUACUGAUAUACCUUCGCCUCCUAGCGGCCGUCCCGUAAUGCCGCAUUUCACGCCCGCGAACAUCCCGCAAACGCAAAACCCGCAAUACUAUCCGCAACCGCAUGCGCCUCAUCUCCAUCACUAACACUCCGAUGCCGGGCCCGCGCCCCGCAACAGGUCUUUUAGCCACCGCCGCUCUGGCAGCUCGAGAUCACGAUUUAGCCUGCCGCCGCAGCUGGGUCCGCAACUGCCGACUCUGCAGCCAGUAUCUGAAAGUGAUUUAGCAAGUGGUGGUGGCGCUAGGACGGCACUAGUGUUGGAGACGGGGCAGAAGAGGGAUCGAGAGAGUGUUGGCUUUGUCGAACCGUAUCUUAAAAAGAGGAGGGAGUCUGGGUCUGUAGAUGUGAAGGGGACGAGGAGUCCGGAGAGUA